AUGCCUGCACAGCAGACCGUUGAGCCCAGCUCUACCCCCACCGGGAACGUGGAGAUUGUCUCAGAGGAGGUGGCUGAUCGCCUCAAAGAAGCCGUGGAACCGGCUGCUGAAGGCGCAGCUAAAUUGGCCGACGAAUUCAAGAAGUCUGUAGGAGAUGAGAAGAGCACGAAGAAGACCAUCAUCAAAUACAUUGACGCGUUUAAGGCCAAGGCUAUUGAGACGUUCAAUGUCAUUGGUGCCUCUGCGGCCAGUGCAGUCUCUUUCACUUCCAAAGAGCUGAAAAACCCCGUGGUGAGCUCCCAUGUAGUUUUGGGCUCCGGUCUGGUUGGUGCCAUAGCUGCUAUUUCAGCUGGCAAGCUCCACACCUGCACACCGCCAAACAAAUGGGUUUCCAUAGCUGCUGGAGUCUUUGCGACUGGCCUUGUAUUUGCAGAUGCGGCUUUCGUUAAGAAGAACUACCCAAAAUACAAGAAAACAUAG